AUUAUCUCUGAAGUACCAAAACAACUAAGUUCAUUGUUUUGAUAUUCUAAUAAAUAUGACCUGCCCAACCAUUUCAGCUCAAUUAUAGUUUAAAGGUGCAAUUAACAAAUUGAAUUUAUGAAAUAAACGAUGGAGGAGAAAAAUGUGUCAAAGAAAAAAAAGAAAUCAGUUGUGGUCAACCAUUACAAACCAAAUGGUGGAGAAAUCCAUAAGAGAUUAUAUAAAGCUGCACUUACAGGAGAUGUCAAAAAACUCAACCAUCAGAUACAGGAGGUAUGGGGAGAUCAAGUCUCAAAUGAUGAGUUGGAAGAUAGCGUCUUCAAGGUUUAUACAGAACUCAAAUUGAAUAAUAUCAGACUGGAAGAAGAAGUAGAAUUACUACUUCAUAAAUAUCUGAUGAGGAGAGUCUUCUUCUCGAAAAUUUCAACAUCAGGUCUUACCAAAACAAACGACAUUAAGAGCUGCGUAAAAUUUUUGGCUGAUCUAUUGGAUUUUGUCAAGUUUUUCACGGACGAAAAUGAAGUAUUCAUCUUUUGUCUCAAAUGCAUAGUUAAAGAAAUUCAUCAACUGAAGCAGAUGUUGAUAUCAACAUAUGAUGCUUUGCCAUGGGAAGAAAUGGAGUUUUACCUAUUUUGUUACAUAAUAUCUUGUACAGAACAGCAUGAUUUGAACGUGUUUCAUCAUUUCAUAUUGAAAAAACCGAAUCUGAUUAAGUACUUGGAAGUUUUCGCUAUUGCACUUGGAAAAGUACAAGUGGAGGAUGGUUCAGAACUGUUGAAACUUCCAGAUUUGAAACGGGAUGAAGCUGUACGAAAAAUCAUAGGGAAAUACCCUGAUUUGAAAGGGUUGUACGAAGAUUUCGAAACUAUUAGAGAUACACAUUCGCUUCACAAAAUUUCCAAAUAUGCUGAACUUCUGAAAUCUGUCCAACUUCAAGAAAUAAAAGGAAAACAAUUUAUAAUAAGGAUCGUCCAAGUGAUUUCCCAAAACUUGAAAUACGACAUCACCUCGCCAAAGCUUACCAACAUUACAGCCGAUCUCCUGCUUUUAAGUGUUAGGGAAGAUUCAAGAAGAGCUCUGCUAGAUUUUCGAAAUUCGGUCUCAUGGGAAGAAGCCUUCAACUAUAAAAAGCGAUUAAUGGAUAAUUCUGAUGAAGAAUUUUUAAAAACCAUCCACCAUGAUUUGAUGCAAAUGGGACAAAUAGCAGAUGAUUUGCUUUUACGACACUGUUUACGGUUGUUUAGACAACAUGUCCCAGAAUUGGUGGAGAAUCAAACUUUGAUGCAACAAAUUGAAAACAAUUUGCCGCUUUUCCAUUAUGCCAAUAAAAAAUGCCAGCAAUUGUCGCAACUACAAUGUUCACCAAGUAGCAACAUCGACAAAUUAAAUCAAAUUCUGCUACAACUAAAUGAUAUCAUUGCAAACGAAGACCCACGCCGCAUGCAACUAAAAAAAAUUGCAGAUAAAAUACCUUUUUCCAAAACGCCAGAUUUGAAAUUGGACAUAUUGCUGACUUACGUUCUGAACCCAAAUAUAGAAAAAACCACCUUCAAUUCACUCAUCAAUUUAAAUUCAGAUGAUAUACGUGACUUACUGAACAUUUUGUUGUCAAUUCAAAAAGAUUGCAUUGAUAAGAAGUAUGAGAUAGCACGAUUGAAUGCGGAAGUGAUAAACCUUCUCAGGUUUGGAAUAGAUAGCGAUAAAUGGAAUGAAAAAUUCGAUGAAGUGACUGAGAUGAAUCAAGAUUUGUUCCUGGACAGAAAUAAAACGCAAAAAGAUCGAUUAGACUAUGACGGUGUAAAGAAAGAAGCUCUCCAAGAACUCAAGAGUAUCUCUAACAAAAUAACUUAUGCGAAAUUGAAAAACGACAACAAAUUCUUGGAAAUAAUGAAGUCUCUUGUUUUGGACGUCGUGUUCAUUGAAAACAAGGACCUAAAACAACGCUCUGUACUGGUUGACUAUCUAGAAACUGAUUACGAAUUGAACGAUUUAAUAUUCAAUUCAAACAUGGCAGUUUUUCAUAUUGCCAAUACGAUGAGCGACAAUAGCAAGCAUAUAAACAAUCCAAUGAAUAACGAAAAGGUUUCGAAAUGUAAAUCUUCCUUCUCUGACCAAUUCUUCAUCGUUCUGAAGAAACAGAAGGUUCUCUCUAAGCUUGCUGAAGGAGAUUUCGAAGCUUUCAAACUAUUUUUGGAGAACGGAGUUGAGAUAAGGACGAAAGAUGUGGAAAAAUCGACGUACCUACAUUUGGCAGCAGAAAAAUCCAACAUUAGCCUGAUAGAGUAUCUUUGUGACAAAGGACUUGGUGUUAGCUGCAAGAAUGUCAGACUUCAAACGCCGCUCCAUCUGGCUGCAACGAAUGGAAACUUGGAAGUGGUAUCCUAUUUUGCAGGAAGAAAUAAUGAUGUUCUACAUUGGCAAGAUAGUUUUGGUAGGACUGUUUUACAUACAGCAGUGUUAAAUCAACAUCCCCAGAUUAUUAAAGCCCUUGUUAAUGCUGGAUCAAACCUAUUUACACCUGAUCAUCUAGGUUUGACUGCCCCGCUCUUCGCAGUAUUGAAUAACAACAAGGAUAUAUUGGUUUCUUUACUACAAAAUACAAAUUCAAAUGAUAUAAACAAGCAAGAUCAAGACGAACUGAACAUUCUAUUCCAUUCUGCAAUUAAAAGGAACUCUGUUGAUAUAAUUGAAUUCCUGUUAUUCGAGAAAUACAUAACUCUUGAUACCGAAAAUGGAACAUCCGCUGUAUUGUCUGCAGUAACAGAAGGCCAACUUGAUGUCUUAGAGGUUUUACUUCGUUAUGGUGCCAACCCUGCCAACUGUAUACUAGCUGCGGUAGAGAAAAAUCUCGAUCUUGUUGUAGAAAAACUACUUCAAAGCAAAAGAGACGAAGCUAAUGCUUCCUCUCCUACAGAUCGGAUGACAGCUUUGCAUUAUGCUGCCAAAAAUGGAAACCUUUCCAUUAUAGACAUUUUGUUAAGACAUGGAGCUGAUGUGAACUCGAAAAAUAUGGAGAAUUAUACUCCUCUACAUUUUGCUGUGAGAAACGGGCAUUUGGAAGCCGUGAAAGCACUCUUGAAAAACAAAGAAAUAAAUAUGAACGCUUUAGAUUCAAACAGAUAUACACCUUUGCAUAUAGCUGUUGAAAUUGGGCGCUUGGAUAUUGUCAAAACGAUGUUGGACGAGAAAUGGGGGUUAAUAGAUAUUAAUAGUAAUGACACGAUUAGUCUCUUACAGUUAGCGAAUAAGGAAGGACAUGUUGAAAUUGCACAACUUUUAGUCGAUAGCGGAGCUUCCAAAUCGUAUAAAACCAAACCAGAGACAGCAUUGUUGCCUCUGCCCAAACCAAACAUAAACAACUUCAAUACAACCUUCAGAAGUGAAAUAAGACAGCCGCGUGACAAAAAUCCAAAAAUUAUGCUCACACAAAAAACGUUGGAAAACCUAUCUGUUAUAAUCAGUGGCAUCGAAACAGAGUAUUACAAAUGUAGCAAUGAUGAAAUAAUUAACCGAAUUAUAGAACAAAAUGAAAUGAAGAAAAGCGUCAGAAAAAACGCCGAAAUAAAACUGAAAUAUUUAAAUGUGGACAAAUGCAAUAUUGUCAUGGAGAUUAAAGAAGCGUUGUAUAACGAUUUCAUGAACAGGAAGAACCUCAAUAUCGGCUGGAAUAGCUGUUCAAUAUCUGACUAUUUCCAUAUAUAUCGUUGCUUUAAAUGUACAGGGUACAACCACGCCCAAACGGAAUGUGAAAAUGAAGAAAUUUGUAAUAGAUGUUCCGAGAAACACUGUUCAAAAGACUGCAAAAGUACGGAUUUUAGGUGCAUCCACUGUGUUGAAAAAAACAAGAGUCUUGGAUUGAAACUUGAUGUAAAUCAUUCUCCACUAGAUCAAAGGUGCAAUUGGUACAAAAAACUACUCAAGGAUAAAUAUGAGAAGCAAAGGCAAGUCUACCGGCCUAAAUAACAUCUUUUAUGAGAAAUUGGUAUUGAUUGAAACCUUAAUCAUGUCUAUGAUUGAAACCAGUUGACGAAAAAAUAAAAUAAAAAUAUGAAGAAAAUUUAUUUAUAGUAUAUCGAUACAUUAGAGAACAGUUACCUAUAUAAUUAUUUAUUCCUUCCAAUGAAUUCAUCGUCCCAUAACUUUAUCCCAAAUAAUUUAUAUGCAUUACUAUUAUUAUUCAUUUUAUAUUACUCAUUGAAGAUUAUUAAUAUUAUCAGCAUUAUAUAAGGAAUGUUAUUAAUAAGAUGGUAAAAAAAAGUGAAAAUAAAUAAAUUAAUAUGA